AUGACGUCGUUUCGUGAUCUAUACAAAACACGUCUUUUUGGGGCGAUAUAUGUUCAUUCAGGUGAUGCAGAUUUCACCCCCUCUACCGUAGCUCGCAGCCCUAACACUAAUCAUUUCCGCCUAACAACGUCGUCGAAGUUUGAUCCCUCUCAGGUGGUUGACGUUUUUGUCUGCAUCACAAGCAGCGAAGUCGGGGCGGUGUCCUACCUCGCACCCAGAAUUGGCCCACUCGGCCUCUCCCUGAAAAAAAUCAACAAGGACAUAACAAAGGAGACGGUGAGGGACAUGAAGGGCCUACGCGUAAUCGUCAACCUGACGGUCCAGAACCGCUAG